AUGGCUCGCGUUUGCAUCCGCCGUGGUGGCGAUGCUGGUUCUGCUUCCCCUGCUACAGGCGGUGCUGAGCGUUUCGGUGCUGCUGAGCCUUUUGGUGCUGCUGAGCCUUUUGGUGCUGCUGAACCUUUUGGUGCUGCUGAGCCUUUCGGUGCUGCUGAACCUUUUGGUGCUGCUGAACCUUUUGGUGCUGCUGAACCUUUUGGUGCUGCUGAACCUUUUGGUGCUGCUGAGCUUUUUGGUGCUGCUGAGCAUGCCGGUGCUGCUGAGCCUUUUGGUGCUGCUGAGCUUUUUGGUGCUGCUGAGCAUGCCGGUGCUGCUUCCCCUACUGCAGGUCCUGCUGAUGUUGGUGACCGUGCUGAACGUACUGGGGGUGCUGAGCGUUUUGGUGAUGCUGAGCGUGCUGGUGUUUCCGAUUCCUCCGGUUCUGUAGCCCUCUUCCUCUUCGAACCUUUCGCUUCUCCUUUCUUCGCUGGUUCCACUUGUGCUGGCGCAGUCUGGUGUAGCAAAGGCGGAGCCCUAGGUAUCCGCUCAAGCUGA